UAGAUGUCCUUUUAGGUUUUUUGGGUUUAGAAACAUUGGGUUCCCGCUUUGGAGUUUGGACUGUUCGCUUCGCCGGAGCAUCACGGCCAGUCUAACUGAAACUGGUGCAAGCCAUGGCGGAUCUCUACCAUAGAUACGCUGCUCCGCCGGAACGAGGUAGUGUAGCAAAGUCCAAUUUUCCUGGUUACUUAUCAUCCGAAGCACCAUCGUUACUAUCGAAUCACACUUUUGCUCCUACUGAUUUGAGAAGCUAUUCUUCGGAUUUUCUGCUUAGAGAUAAAUCGUUGGGGUCUGUGCCGUAUGGUGUGUCUAUUUCCCAGGCCGUAUCCUUUUGCUUUUCGUGUGUCUAUUUUUGCAUGCCUGUGAAUGUUUCAGAUCUAUUUCGUCCAUUCAUUGGCUUUAAAGAAAUCAAAGUAGUUCACAAGGUGCUUAGACGCAGUGGAGAUAAGGCAAUGGUUUUAUGCUUUGCGGAGUUUGUGGAUCCAAAGUGUGCUUUGACAGCUAUGGAAGCUCUACAAGGUGAUUCUAUUAUUUCUCCAGGAGCAAAGCAAGAUUUAAUCCCCCUUGCUGUGCUGUAA